AUGGCGAGUUCUGUGAAGAGCAUUAUUACGGAGGUGCUGCGCGUGACAAGCGACGCAGAGAUGGCGAGAGCGCGCAAAUACACGCUGGUGGGGGCGGAGGUGCUGGGCGGGCCGGAGCUGGCGCUGGAUGCGGUGGACGGGAUCCUGGUGUCGCAAUUGACAGAAAACGAACACCUGGGAGAGCAGCCGAUGGCGUAUCUGCACGGGUGCUUUGAGCGGUGCCAACAGACAAAGCGGCUGAGCAAGAACAACGCGGACGCGGGCGUGCAGGCGACGCUACAGGAACUGGAGCGCCUGGUGCUGGGUUACGCAGUGGUGUGCUUUCAGCUUGAGGAGUUUGCAAUCGGCGGGAGUCUGCUGACGUAUGUGAAGGGGGUGGUGCGGGAUCUGGACGUGUACACGGACUUUAUGUCUGCGGUGAUCCAGCGCGCUAUACGGGAGGACGUGAUAUUCGACGUGUGCAAUGGGUUUUUCACGGCGCUGAUGGAGAUGAUCAAGGACAUGAACAACUCGAAGAACGGCAAGUUCGAUCUGAACGAUCCGACGUACAGCAGUGUGCUGACGCUUUUUGAGCUGUUUGUGUCCUUCAAGCCUGUUGCGGCGAUAUUCACUCAGCUUGAUGGCUUCUAUGCCCCCUACGACACGAAGCCAAACCACUUGGAACGAGUGACGCUGCUUGGGCCGAUCUUGACGCUUUCGCCUAUGAAUCCGAACGUGGCGACGCGCAAUUACGGGGACAAUCUCGAGCGGACGCAGCAACAGACCAAUCUGCUACAUGAGUCGCUGCAAGCUGAACACAAGGUUGUGCUGGACCGUUUAUUUUUCAUCAUGGACAAGAUUGUGAGAGGAUCAACAGAAUCACGCAACGGGCUGCUGUCAUACUUUGCCCAGAUUGUGAACAAAAACCACUUGCGCCGUGGAGAUCAUGCUCAGCAUAACAAGCUUUCUUCGAAUGCGUUUAUGACCAAUAUCACUCUGCUUCUUGUUAGAUUCUCUCAGCCAUUCCUGGAUUCUACUUGUAAGAAAAUUGACAAGAUCGACGUCAACUAUUUUAACAACCUGAACCUCUUCAUUGACCUUUCUCAGGAGACACGCAUGAACUCUGACUUUAAAGAGGCCGAUGAGUUUCAUGAUAAGAAUCGCAAAUCCGAGGAUAACAAACCAAACUUCAUCAGCGACUGUUUCUUCCUGACUUUGACGUACCUACAUUAUGGACUUGGUGGGACGCUACUUUACGAUGAAAAAGUCACGCCCCAACUGAAGCGGAUGAAGCAAGAGCUACAGCGUAUUAAGGAUGCUGCGAACAGCAAUAAUUCCACCGACAUUUUUGCGAGGUUCGCCGCUAUACAGCUACCAAGUUUGGAAAAAACCUACACCAUGCUACAAUCCAUAAUGGACUCACUCCAGGGAUUUUUCUCCAACAGGGCGCUGCAGCUGGAGGUUUUCGAGUUUAUUUGUGGCGUCUCAACCUUUUUGAUUAGAGUUAUUGAUCCAAAACAUGGAUUCCCAUUCAGCCAACUAGAAUUACCAUUAAUCCCGGAUCAAGUAGGCGUUGAGAAUGUAGAUAACGCCGAGUAUCUUAGAGCGCAUGCCCAGGUUCCUUUCAAAUAUUACCCUGAAUUUGUUGUCGAGGGCGCUAUCAAUUACUGUUUAUACAUAUCGAAAUACUCGAGCAACCCUAUGUUCCGAAACUCGAGAUUGCAUUCUUUUGUGGAACUAGCAACUGUAAUCCUACGUUGUCCAGAAUUGGUUUCAAACCCUCACUUGAAGGGAAAGUUGGUCCAGGUGCUCAGCAUUGGUGCCUCCCCAUUAAGUGAAUCCGUACCAGGCUUCAUGAUGGAUAUCUUUGAAAAUAAUGAACUGGUGAUUAAAAAUAUAUUCUACGCGCUACUGGACUUUUAUGUUAUUGUGGAAAAGACUGGUUCUUCUUCGCAAUUUUACGAUAAAUUCAAUGCUCGUUACAGUAUUUCCAUCGUUUUAGAGGAAUUAUACAAACUUCCAAAAUACCGGGCGCAAUUGCUGACGCAGUCACAGAAUAAUCCAGACUUUUUUAUUCGUUUCAUUGCGCGUAUGCUGAAUGACCUAACGUUCCUACUAGACGAAGGCUUAACUAAUCUGACUGAGGUACACAACAUCUCAAAGGAGCUCGAGAACAGAUCGCGUAACCUACCACCUACGAGAGAGGAGGAGACUGCGGAGUUACAGGCCAAACUAGCAGCUGCGGAGAGGCAGGCGACUUCUUCAUGCAGCUUAGCAGACAAAUCCAUGUCUUUGUUCAAUGUUUUCACCAAGGAUAUUCCACGGGCCUUCGUGACACCAGAAAUUGUGGAUAGACUAGCCGGUAUGCUCAACUACAAUUUAGUUUCGCUUGUGGGCCCGAAAUGUAGGGAGUUGAAGGUGAAAGAUCCCAGCAAAUAUCAGUUCAACCCCAAAUCGCUUUUGAAAUCCCUGUCCGAGGUUUACAUUAAUCUGUCCGAGCAGGAUGAGUUUAUCUCCGCCGUUGCGAGAGACGGUAGAUCCUUCAACAAAGAUCUGUUCGACCGUUUGGUGCAUAUACUGGGUUACAAGACAGGAAUGGCCUCGCCAGAACAAUGCGAGGCUUUGCUAAAGUUUGCGAAUGCUACACACAUGCGCAAGCUCGCUGCGGAAGAAGAAGACAUGGACAUGGGGGAUGUUCCUGACGAGUUCCUGGACCCGUUAAUGUACACUAUUAUGUCCGAACCGGUUAUACUACCCACAUCUAAAGUCACUAUAGAUCGGAGCACGAUAAAGGCCCAUCUGCUCAGCGAUUCCACUGAUCCAUUCAACAGGACACCUCUCAAGUUAGAGGAUGUCAUUCCCGAUCAUGAGUUGAAACAGAGAAUCGAGGAGUUCAAAGCAUCAAAGAAACAAGGUAAACAAUAA